GUUUUGAAUAGACUCCUCUCUCAGAAGUGAGCCGCCGGAGCCGUCUGUACUCGGACGCGGCAACGUUUACAGCAACAGAGGCAAAAAUAAGAACCCAAAAAACCCACAAAGAUGGGGAAGAAAAACAAAAAGCCCGGAAAAGGGAAAGAGAAGACUGAGAAGAAAACUGCCAAAGCAGAGGAGAAAAGGAGCCGAAGGGAAGCCAAGAAACUCUCCCCUGAAGACGACAUUGAUGCUAUCUUGCUGAAUAUACAGAAAGAGGAAGCUAAGAAGAAGGAAGUUCACGUUGAAGAAAAUGUUCCUAAACCGUCUCCCAGAUCGAAUUGCUCGUUGAACAUUAAUCCAUUGAAGGAGACUGAAUUGAUUCUCUAUGGUGGUGAAUUCUACAAUGGUCAAAAGACAUUUGUAUAUGGUGAUCUUUAUCGAUAUGAUGUGGACAAACAAGAGUGGAAGCUGGUAUCAAGCCCUAAUAGUCCUCCUCCGCGAAGUGCUCAUCAAGCUGUUGCCUGGAAGAAUUAUCUCUACAUAUAUGGUGGUGAAUUUACAUCUCCUAAUCAAGAGCGUUUUCAUCACUACAAGGAUUUUUGGAUGUUGGACUUGAAAACAAAUCAGUGGGAACAACUAAAUUAUAAAGGAUGCCCUGGCCCUCGUUCGGGCCAUCGGAUGGUUUUGUAUAAGCACAAGAUCAUAGUUUUUGGAGGCUUUUAUGACACUCUGAGAGAAGUGAGGUACUUCAAUGAUCUUCAUGUAUUUGAUCUUGACCAAUUUAAGUGGCAGGAGAUAAAACCUACGCCUGGAUGCAUGUGGCCUAGUGCUCGAAGUGGCUUUCAGUUUUUUGUUUACCAAGAUGAAAUAUAUUUGUAUGGUGGAUACUCAAAAGAAGUCUCGUCUGACAAGAAUGGAUCUACCUCUGAGAAAGGAGUUGUUCAUGCAGAUAUGUGGUCGCUGGAUCCCAGAACUUGGGAAUGGAAUAAGGUGAAAAAAAGUGGAAUGCCACCUGGGCCUCGUGCUGGUUUUUCUAUGUGUGUCCACAAGAAGAGGGCUUUGCUAUUUGGAGGUGUGGUGGAUAUGGAAAUGGAAGGUGACGUGAUGUUGAGCUUGUUUCUGAAUGAACUUUAUGGCUUUCAGCUGGACACACAACGCUGGUAUCCUCUAGAGCUACGGAAGGAUAAAUCCACAAAAGGGAAGUCGAAGAAAAAUCACGAUGAGAAACCUCCUGAAAUGACUGUUAUCAAGAAGACCAACGAGAUGGAAUUUGCCAUAAAUGAAGAUGCGUGUUUGGACAGUGACGAAGAUCUUGAUUAUCAAAGCAACAUCAGUGAUAUUUCUUCUCGUGUGGAAAGACAUCUAAAGGUUGAGAAUAAUGAGAAUCAGAAGGCGACCCAAUCUGUUGAAAAGAUUCCUCAAUCUAACUCCAGAAUUGUGUUGCAAAGUUCUGAAUCACCUGAGAUAGUGAAGCCUUGUGGACGCAUCAACUGCUGUAUGGUUGUUGGCAGAGAUACAUUAUAUAUCUUCGGAGGGAUGAUGGAAAAUAGAGAUAAAGAAAUCACUCUAGAUGAUUUGUACAUCCUUAAUCUCAACAAGCUUGAUGAAUGGAAGUGUAUAAUUCCUGCAUCAGAACCUGAAUGGGUUGAAGAGUCCGAGGAUGAGGUUGAGGACGAAGAUGAAGAUGAAGAUGAAAAUGAAGGUGAUACAGAAGAAGAGAGUGAGGAGGAUGACGAUGUUGAUGAUGAAGUAGAUAAAGAGGCUAGCAAUGGUGGUGCUGCAUCACUUGAAGUGGGCGAUGCUGUUGCUAUAAUCAAGGGUGAAAAGAAAAGUAUGCGAAGGAAGGAGAAAAGAGCAAGAAUAGAACAGAUCAGGGCCAGUCUUGGGCUUUCUGAUUCACAAAGAACUCCUAUGCCUGGAGAAACAUUAAAGGAUUUCUACAAGCGUACAAACCAGUAUUGGCAAAUGGCAGCAUAUGAACAUACACAACAUACAGGAAAGGAGCUCCGUAAGGAUGGUUUUGAUCUUGCUAAAGUUCGAUACAAGGAACUUGCACCAAUUCUUGAAGAGUUAGCAGUCUUGGAAGCAGAACAAAAGGCAGAAGAGGAAGCAUCUGCCGAAACAAGCACCUCCAAGAAGAAAGGCCACAAAAACAAGCUCCAGGCAUCCAAGUAGCUUGAACCCAAGUGUACCAUAACCUAAAGAAGCCAAGAGAAAGGAAAGAUGGAAGGCUUGGAUAACUGGACAAAUCAUUUUUUAUAUAAAAAGAAAUUAGUUAGUACUUUUUAGACCUACAUUUUUGUCACUUUUAGUAAUGUAGAAGACUAGAAGUUACAUGUGCUGGAAACCAUGAGGGAUAUUAGUCACAGAAAAGAACUUGACAAUGAAAGGGGCCACAGAAAGAAAAAAAGGAUAACUUGUUUUAAAAAAUGAUUAGUGCCUACAAAUUAGGGAGCAUUACAAAUUUGAUAUUGAGUUACGGUUUUAGUGGUAAGACGCCUCUCCUACUUCUCUGAAAAAGAGUUAAAACAACAAUGUCCACAAGCAUUAAAAAUGGGAUGAAUGCCAGACCUGAAUAACAC